AUGGUCUUCUACCCCGAGAAAUGGGUGCCAAAACUCCCAGAGAUCCCCGAUGACGUCCCGAUAUGCGACUUUAUGCUGGACGAGCAAUAUGGAAGACGGCCCUAUUCCGAAUCGUGGGAUACCUACACCUGCGCUUUGAGUGGGAGAUCGAUAGGUGCGACUCAACAACGGGACCAUGUUGAAAAGCUGUCUCGGGCACUGGCCCAGGAGUUUGGGUGGAAGGUGAACGAGGGCACCGAGUAUGACAAGGUUGUCGGCGUCUUUGCGCUCAACACAAUCGACAUCAUGUCGCUGUCGUGGGCAAUCCAUCGUCUCAACGGUGUCUCGUCGCCGGCCAACGCCGCAUACAACGCCGAUGAACUACGGCAUCAAUUAACAAACUCGGGCGCCAAAUUCCUCUUUACCGUCCUUCCACUACUGCCCGUCGCAUUGGAAGCCGCAGAGAAAUCCGGCAUCUCCAAGGACAAGGUCUUCAUCUGCGAAGUACCGGGCGAUGGAGAAUACCCGAAAGAAUUCAAAACCCUCUCACAACUCAUGAAGCAGGGCGAAACCGCACCCGCCAUCGAGCCUGUGAAGUGGACCAAAGGCCAAGGCGCCCGACAAACCGCAUUCCUAUGCUAUUCAAGUGGCACUUCGGGCCUACCGAAAGGAGUGAUGAUUUCUCACCGCAACGUGAUCGCCAAUACGGUUCAAAUAUCCGUGUACGACAGGAUCGGCCGUGACAAGAUCAAGCCCGGGUACCAAGAUGUCGCACUCGGUCUCCUCCCUCAAUCACACAUCUACGGUCUGAUCGUCAUCUGCCACGCCUCGACAUAUCGUGGAGACCGUGUGAUCAUCCUGCCCAAGUUCGACCUUCAAAACUACCUGACAUCGAUCGAGAAGUACAAGAUCAACACCCUGUACAUCGUCCCGCCGAUCAUCAUCGCCAUGGUCAAGAACCCUCAGAUCUUGAAGAAAUUCGACCUGUCGAGCGUCAAGCAGAUCUUUACCGGCGCCGCACCCCUGGGCAAGGAGACCGCCGAGGAACUCUCCGUCCAGUUUCCCUCGUGGCAGGUCCGCCAGGGUUACGGCCUCACCGAGACCUGUACCGUGGUGUGCUCCACGACGCCUGACGAUAUCUGGUUCGGUUCGUCCGGCUGCUUGAUCCCGGGCUAUGAGGCCAAGAUCAUGAGCGCCGAAGGAAACGAAAUCACGGGGUACAAUCAACCCGGAGAGCUCCUGGUCAAGUCGCCCAGCAUCGUCCUGGGAUAUCUCAAGAACGAAAAGGCCACCAAAGAAACGUUCGUCGACAUGCCCGAGGGUCGAUUCAUGCGGACGGGCGACGAGGUCGAGAUCCGCAAAUCGCCGAGUGGCAAUGAACACAUCUGGGUGGUGGACCGGAUAAAGGAGUUGAUCAAGGUCAAGGGCCUCCAGGUCGCACCGGCCGAGCUCGAAGCCAGCCUCCUCAACCACCCCGCCGUCGCCGACUGUGCCGUCAUCCCCGUGCAGGACGACCGAGCAGGCGAGCUCCCCAAGGCGUACAUCGUGAAGUCGACUUCCGUGGGCCUGGAGGAGAGCGACGCCGCCGUCAAACGCAGCAUCAGCAAGUACAUCGAGAAGGAGAAGGCCCGGCACAAGUGGCUCGCCGGUGGGAUUGAAUUCAUCGAUGUCAUUCCCAAGAGUCCCUCGGGCAAGAUUCUGCGGCGUCUGCUCAGAGAUAAGGACCGUGAGGCCAGGCGUAAAGCUGGGGCUAAGUUGUAG